ACAGUAUAUUUAUUCUUAUAUGGUGCUGAGGAUUGAACCCAGUACCUCACACAUGUGAGGCAAGCACUUUACCACUGAGUUACAGCCUCAGCCCCUCAGGCUGCAAUUUUAUAACCCAAGGAAAAUGUAGGUACAGCUACCCAGUCAAUUUGGACCACUGAAAAGUCACUUUAGAUAAUGUAAAAUGUUUGACCUCUCUUAAAUAAAAAAUUAAUUCUUGUUUGUAGUGGCUAUGUGCAUGAGCCAUAAGGGAAUGAGUUCUCUUUGCAUAGCUAACCCUCUGCAAAUGCUGUUUAUUCCAGAAAUAAGAUGGUUAAUCCUUUAAGUUUGAUGACUCUAGUAGAGAAGAAAACAAGAUCAUGUUUUUAAACAGAGCUAAAUUACAUGUAAAAAAAAAAAAAGCAAGGACAAUGUGCCAGACUGUCUUAUGAUCAAGUAUUUAUAGUAAAGCUAUUUAUAAUAAUCCUUACAGGGGAAUGGAUCCUAAAUAUAAAUGAAAAUCCUGAGGCGUUCAUGUGCUAAUCCUUAACAGUGAAAACUUCAGUACUGACCUAGAGGAUAUAACGAAAGGUAAAAAGUCUUUGGUAUGUGAUCAAACCUGUUCUAUACUAAAACAGUAAUGCUCUUUUAAACUACCUUGCUUUUACUACCACUAUUUACCUGUUGUAUUAAGACAGUACUAUUAGUCCUAUAACAUGUUUAUUUUUAUUUUUUACCAAAGAAAAUAUAGCUUUCAGCAUAAUACUGUGUGUAGGAAAUGUGUUCUUUUGGGUGAGUGUUGUAAUAACUGAGAAAAACUGACAAGGCAAGUCUAAAAUAUAUCAAACAACAUAAGCAUUUUCAAGUUACUUAUGGCAUUGACCUAAGUCUUAUAUGAAAGGCUGUUUUCCUAAGUUUUAAGUAAAUGGUUACUCAUAGAGACUUCUAAUUUAUGCUGAAUAUAUGGCAGUCCAGAAAACUAUUUUAAGUUUAUGGAAAAAAAAUUUAAAUGAAUAUUUUGUUUUUCUAAGUUUUGCAUUUUCUUUGUUUUUCAAUCUUGACAACUUUCUAGUUUUCUAAAUUUCACUUCUAAAUUCAAGCAGUUGGUAAUCUUUUCACAACUGGAAAAAUAUUUUUAAUUCAUUCUGACUUUAAACCUGCUUGAGUUUCACAUGGAUAAUUACAUCAGUGAUGAAGACACAGACAAUGACUUUGACACCCAGCUCACCAUUCAGCAGAGUUUACAGGAUAUUUACAAGCCAAGAACAACCCAACAUGCACCUGAUGAGAGCUUUCAUUCCUUUUUGAGUGCUUACUAUAAGAAGAUAAUUGAAACAAUAGAGACAGGUGAGGAAGAUGCAUUGUCACACUUAACCAAGUACCAUUCUGCUUUUGAUGAAGCAGAUGAGAUAGGGUGGACUCCCUUGCAUAAGGCUGCAGUACAAUUAAAUAAGAAUAUUUUAGAAAUAACCCUGAAAGCUUCAAAAACCAGUGUGUGGGAGCAAACCACCCAUAAUGGUGAAACACCACUUUUUCUGGCUGUCAGCAAUUGCCUCUUAGAAAAUGCCAGUUUUCUUCUUCUCAAUGGCUGCAAUCCAAAUGCUAAGAAUUUCGAAGGCAAUUCUCCUCUUCUUACAGCUGUUCUACGUGACUCCUAUGACAUGGCUACCUUGCUGAUCAGCCACGGAGCGGAUGUAAAUCUACGAUGUGCCAAUGACAGGACUGUUCUCCACGAGGCAGCCAAACUGGGCAGACAGGACAUGGUGAAGCUUAUGCUGGUUUCUGGGGCACACCCUGACCCCCGGAGCACCUAUGGAUUCACUCCACUUGCUCUUGCUGCCCAAAGUGGACACACUGAAAUUAUGGCAUUAUUACUGCAGAAAGGUGCUAAUGCUCAUGGUCAGGCCUCUGAUUCAUCUUCCAUAUUACUUGAAGCUGCUAGAGGAGGAAAUCCAGACUCUGUGACUCUCUUGCUAGAGUAUGGAGCUGAUGCCAAUAUACCUAAGAUUUCAGGCCACCUGCCCAUUCAUGUGGCAGCUGACAGAGGACACUUAUUAGCUCUAAAGAUACUGAUUCCAGUUACGGACCUUGCUGCCAUUAAGCGGAGUGGGAUCAGUCCAGUUCAUUGUGCAGCAGCAGGAGCACACCCUCAAUGCCUGGAACUUCUCAUCCAGGCUGGAUUUGAUGUGAAUUUCAUGCUAGAUCAAAAAAUUCGUAAACACUAUGAUGACCAAAGGAAAUCAGCUUUGUAUUUUGCUGUAUCAAAUGGUGACCUCUCUUCAGUUAAGCUGCUUCUGGGCGCUGGAGCUCUGACUAAUCAAGACCCAGUUAACUGCCUGCAGAUAGCCCUUAGGAUGGGUAAUUAUGAGCUCAUAAGUCUACUGCUAAGACAUGGUGCCAACGUCAAUUACUUCUGCAGAGUCAACCCUUUGCAUUUCCCAUCAGCACUGCAAUACACACUAAAAGAUGAAGUCAUGCUCAGGAUGCUGUUGAAUUAUGGGUAUGACACAGAACGAUGUUUUGAUUGUCCUCAUGGGGAUAAAAUUCAUCCUUUCUAUACUUUUGAAGGCUGGACAUCUACAGUUAUUAAAGAUACUAUGUUCUGUGAAGUAAUAACUUUAUCAUGGCUGCAGCAUCUCUCUGGAAAGGUUGUUCGAGUGAUGCUUGAUUAUGUUGAUCAAGUUCAAAUCUGCUCAAAGUUGAAAGCUGUGCUCCAAAAACAGGGGCUCUGGUCAGAAAUACAUUUUAUCUUGACAAACCCUCGUUCCCUAAAACAUUUGUGCCGCCUAAAGAUUCGCAAGUGUAUGGGGCGUUUGCAUUUACGCUGCCCUGUCUUCAUGUCGUUUCUUCCAUUGCCCAAUCGUCUAAAAGCAUACAUCCUUUACAAAGAAUAUGACCUUUACGGACAAGGAGUUUUUACAGAAACCUGGUAAUCAUAUUAUUCUACAGGAAAAGGUAUAA